AUGCACUGGGCCACGCAGUCGGUGGAGAAGCAACUGCGGCGCCUCGGCUCUGUUGAGAUUCUCAGUGACCACGUGAUGGUGCGUUGUUCAAAGAUGGAGUCCCACGAGCCUCCGGUGUCGGUCUCCGUGUCUCCGGGAGAAAUGCUGAGGCUGUUGGUGAAGCAGCGAGUCCACGCGGCCGUCGAAGAGUCUUCUGGGCUGUUGGACACAUUGACAGCAGCUUAUGAGGACACCGUGUCUCAGCUCAGAGAACACGAGCGACGCGCAUCAGAUGUCCAGCAGCUGGUUGGGAUCAAACCAGAUGUCCCCCCUGAGGACCAGGACAAAGAGGAGCCGGAGCCCCUCCUCAUAAAAGAGGAGCUGCAGGAUCUCUGGACCCGUCUAGAGGGAGAUCAGCUCAUUGUGCUGGAGGAGGCCGAUAUCACCAAGUUCUUAUCCACUGCUGUUACUUUGAAGAGUGAAGAUGACGAACCUCAGACCUCACGGCUUCAUCAAAGCCAGACGGAGGACAACAAAGAGGCGGAAGGCAGGAUUCAGAAGAAUUACGACAAUUCCCCUCGAGCGGACGUUCAUGUGGACAGCCGCAGUGAUGCAACUCAACACAUCGUGAAGAUCGUGGUUGUCCGUGGCAACGAUGGAGAAGAUCCCGUUGAGGUAUCGAUCCUCCUUGAAGGCGAGGAGAUGUUGGCGGGAUGCGGCAGCAUGCCAAAGCUUGCAUGUUGCUGA